CUGCUUACCAUGCCUGAUCCAGUUAAGCCUGCGCCCAAGAAGGGCUCCAAGAAAGCCGUGAGCAAGACCGCCGGGAAGGGCGGCAAGAAGCGCAAGAGGACCAGGAAGGAGAGCUAUGCCAUCUACGUGUACAAGGUCCUCAAGCAGGUCCACCCCGAUACUGGGAUCUCUUCCAAGGCCAUGAGCAUCAUGAACUCCUUCGUCAACGACAUCUUCGAGCGCAUUGCUGGUGAGGCUUCCCGCCUGGCACACUACAACAAGCGCCACACCAUCUCCUCCAGGGAGAUCCAGACCGCAGUGCGUCUGUUGCUGCCCGGUGAGCUCGCCAAGCACGCCGUGUCUGAGGGAACCAAGGCCGUCACCAAGUACACCAGCUCCAAGUAAAGAGUUCUCCCCCUUUUCCCAAACCAAAGGCUCUUUUAAGAGCCACCCAAAAUCUCAUCAAAA